CGCUCGAUUUUCGUAUUCCGCGGUCCGCGUUCUUUUGUCAGCAGGCAUGUAUUAUUGACCUCCAGCAGCACAUCAGCUGGAGGAGGUUCGUUUAGAUGUGCACUUGGAUGACUUUGGCUUGUCAACUCGUGUUUAAAUACAUCAAUUUUUCGCAGUCAAAGUCAAAUGCGCUGUGAUAAUUUUGUUCUGCUGCUAUUUGCGCCGAUCAGUUUGACAAUGUUUAUCCCGAAUUUGAGUCGCACAUAGCCAGAAACAUGGUGACUUUGAUAAAGAAUCAAAUCUUCAAACAUCUCUCGAGGUUUACGAAAAACCUUUCGCCGGACAGGAUCAACCUGAGCACCCUGAAAGGUGAGGGCGAGCUUACAAAUCUGGAGCUGGAUGAAAAUGUCUUGACGGACCUGUUGGAACUACCCAGCUGGCUCAGGCUUACGAGUGCCUGGUGCAACCGAGUUUGUUUUAGAAUUCAGUGGACGCACAUAAAAACUGUGCCAAUUGUAUUGAGACUGGAUGAGGUACAGGUUGUUAUAGAAACAUGUCCAGAUCUGCGUUCUAUGUCUGCGAACCAAGGCCUCUCCUCCAUGUCAAGUGGUCGAUACAGUUUCAUCCACAAAGUGAUAGACGGAAUGACCAUUACGGUCAAUGCUGUGCUAGUUACCUUCAAGAGUCCAGCAUUUGUAGCCUCUGUCCAAGUAUCUAGAAUAGUAGCAGAAUCAAAAACUCCUACGUGGAAAAGGCACGAUCUCCGAAUGACAAGAGUGAAAGAUACCGUUCGAGGUGAAAUUUUGCUCUUCAAGGAGGUCGAAUGGCAAACAGUGAGAAUAGAAGCAAAGUCAACUGAGAAUCCAACUCUAACUCCUCUCAGAUUACUAACUAAUCAGGCUAGAUGCAGAAUUACUAUUAAAAAGAGGUUGUCAGACUGUUUUGUGUUGGGAUCUCGUUUGGUUCUGAUUCUUGAGGACUUGUUGUGGGUACUUACCGACUCUCAGCUCCGAGCAGCCCUUUACUUUGUUGAGUCGUUAAGUGACCUGGUGCAGAAAGCAACCGACAUUAGCAGGAAAAGAAAGGCAGCUAGGAAAAUAGAGAUGCUUCCCGAGUAUCAAGCUUGGAUUUCGCAACAGGCCAGACAGCAAAAUACUAAGAAAAGUGCCAUCAGCAAAGUUUUCAGUCAGUGCGACGUGAUCGAAACUUCAUUCCAUUUUCUUUCCGAGCAAAUAGACCUUCACCUGUGUGACGAUGAGGGUGACGGCCGGUCUAGUCAUCCUCACUUAAAAGACGGUGGCGCCUUCCAGAUAAGGCUGCACCACUUCAAAGUGGACUUCUACCCUUACCACUUAUCUUUGAGUGACCGAAAGCACUGGCCCAGCUACGAAGAGGAUAUUCAUGCUCAGUGGCUCGAACAAACACUGUCUACAUUCACAGCCAAUUUCAUGGAAGCCAUGGACUCAGGUGCCAACACCCACACUCGUCUUUCGAGGGCCGAGCCACACGACGACUUCCGUUUGCCAGGAGCAAGGGGAAGCACCUCAUCUGACCCACAAAGUCCUAACGGACAAAAUGCGGUCAAAGAUUAUGUCGUCAGUCACUUGGCAAAGCUUAUGUCUUCCUGUGUCGUACUAAGACUUGAAGAUGUUACUCUUUACAAAGUAUCCACCACAACAAGAAAACAGGCGCCAAAGGAAUUCAUUUCGACCCGCCGGAAAAAAAGGAGAAACAAUAAGUCAGGCGACAAGGAACUAUACAAACUGCCUGACGAAAUGUCUCUUAUUCAUGCAGAAUUCACAUAUUUCUACUAUCCAGAUGACAUCCCAUUUCCACUGCCACCCCCUCAAUUUUAUGUGUACUGCAACCCAGUUCAAAUACAUUUUGAUAUGUUAACUGUUUUGUGGCUCCAAUCCUUCGGUCUCUACCUAUUAAGAACUUUGAGUGCUUUGACGGAGAAUGCUGCUGCAAACACUAACAACAAAGAUAUUUUCAACAUUGAUGUUCGCAUUGAAGCCAUCAUGCCAAGGAUAAUAUUGGCUGAAAGCGCAAGCCACGAAGGCGUCAAUUCUUCGAGGAUGCAAAGAGACCGUCCACAGUACCUUCAGCUCCAAUCUUCCAAAGCAACCAUUACCAAUAUCCGUUCACGAACCGUUGGGUCGAGGGCAGACUUGGCUACCUGUCUGAAUGAUCUUCAGCAAGGGGAACUUUUCUUCAACUCUGGUUUUCCCACAAAAGAGGGAGACAGGGCUGCUGUUGUUGAAAGACUAUUGCGGCACGUGAACGCAAGUGACAAUUUGAGGCGGUCGGCUGAUUUAUCGGAACUAACGCUGUCUGAACUAUCAGAAGGACUGAGUAGAGAGCUUUUCUGGGUAGAUGCAAAAGACAUUUGGUUCGUACAGCUUGACCCUGCUUGGGCAGAAUUCACUGGCAUGAAGUCCUCUCCAAAUAAACCUGUGCCACUUAUGGACGCUCUGCCUAUCACUCUCUGGUUGUGCAUGACUGAAAACAAAAACAUCCAUGCCGUUGCCCACAUCCCAAGUCUCGUCAGUGUCCAGCUGAAUCAUUACCAAUUCCUGUUUAUUUCGCGCCUCCUCGAUGAAGUUUCUGAGAUGACCACAUUCCUUCAAAUGGACUCGAAGAAGAUAACUGGCGAGGAUAGUGGUGUCAUUUGUGUCGGCGCAGCACUGCCUCAGGUUGAAGUUACGUUUGUGAUGCCUGCACAUAGUCAUGCAAAGGAAUCGUUUGACCUCGAUUCUGUCAUCCCAGACUCUUCUAGCCUAGCCGACAUUCCUAAUAUUCCCAUCACACCUCCCAAAAAUCCUUACGAGAUUAAAGAAACUGAUUCAGCCGUUAUCCAUGGAGAUGUGUUUUUUGAAGAAACCAGUCUUGUUGCCGAUGCCCCAACAGCAGAACCGCUCCCCGUUGAGAGUCACUCGUUUAAAAUGAGCAACUUCUCAACGUUCUCCAAAGGGCUGGCCAGUGGAUUUUCAACCCUUAUCACAUCUUUUGAUUCCACUAAGACCGGAGACGAUGGACUGGACAACAUGUCUGUUCGAAGUGACGGUAGCUCGGACAGUGAAAGAUAUGUCGUAGUCAAUCUAGAACAGCAGAACAGGACUGACAUUUUAAAUGCAAUGUUUGUCAUACCUGCUGCAAGCAGAGCGCCAAGACCAAUUAUCGAUGAGGCCAGUGAGGUGGUGGAAGAUCCGGACGAUUUGUCGCAGCAUUCUGAAAUGAGCAUUCUUAGACGUUCAGAUCCGGAUGAUCAAGAUAUGCCUGCAUGUGUACAAAUCGUGAGCGUAACAACUUUGAAACUCAGUCGAGUAGAGGCGAUUUAUCAGUCUCAAGGAUUCAAGUCGGCUCUUAGAGUUCAAUGCUCUGGGAUAUCAUCAGAUGAAUGUGGAAGCAUUCCUUGGGAUGAAUUUCAGAGCAAAUUCUCUUCACGCACACGAGCGUGGUGUGAUGAACGAGAAUUAGGCAGACGUUGCAGCAUUAAAGCUCGUCUUGAAAGAGCGCCCGACACUGAGCCCGAGCCGGACAUGUUCAAUAAAACUAAUGUGGAUAGUGUGAUUCGUCAAUUAUUCACGGAAAAUCUUGGUGCUGAAAUAUCCAACGUUAACUUGUCUAUGUCAUUGGUGUCAGUCUCUGGCUUAGCAGACUUGCUGAACGACGAAAUUAUGCCUAAACCAGUUCCAAUGGAGAUUUUAAUGGAAAAUGUCCAAUUGCACCUAAGUGAGGACCGAUCUGCAGUCAGUCAACUUGCGUCUGCGAACAACAUGCCUAUCAAUGUUUGCAUAUCAAAACUGAAAGUUUCGAGAACGGCGUCUGGAGCAUUUUUCAUUGAGCCAUCUGAAAACAGUGGAAGUUCAACCAGCCCUACCAGCACGCAAUUUGAAGUGGAAGUAGCAAGAAAAAAAGCAUCCGAGAUGACACGCGAAAACGAAGAACUGCGUCGGCGACUUCUGGCAGCUGAAAGGCUACAUGCAGAGGAGAAGAUGAAGCUCAGUUCUAAAAUUGAUGAGUUGCAAGGGGAGCGGAUGGCCUUGGAGGUUUCCUUAAGGAAAAUGCAACUCACCCAGGCCGCAACCCAAUCAUCAAACCAGUCUGCCACCCCUGCCAGUGCCAAAGCUAGCCAGCAAACACCCUUACGGAGAUAGCAGUGCUGUUUUGGCUGCACCGAGGCACAGAGUUAAUUUAUUAGCAGGUUCAAAAUAUUGUGACAGUUAAUCCAAAUUAUUUCUAUUCCUUGCUCUUGAGGUAUAGUUCUUGAAACCAUUUUUUAUAAUGAAUUAUCAUAGCCAGUGAUUUCGUUUAAUAUUAAUUAAGCAAUAUUAUUCAUGCAUUACAUGGAUAAGGAUCAACUACAACAGGCCUUCUGAAAAUAGCUUGUGAAAUCCUAUUAUUUAAAUCUUGAAGGAUUUCCUAUUACUUGCUAUUUAAGUGCGUGUUGCGGGUAUAGAUCCUUAUCAACUUCAAAAAUAGAGUGAUACUUGAUGAUAAAAUCCAAGAUUAAUUUUUAUGAAUUUGAAAUUAGUGAAGAGUAUUGAUAACUUCAAUUUAAAGUUUUGUGCAAAAAAUAUUUUUUUUGUUUUAUUUUUUAUUUUUUUUAUGUUAUACCUAUUAACUUAAGCCUUUUUUGAUAUGUCAUUGUUGACUUUUUUUUAAUAAAUUUAUGCAGGUACACCGUUUAUUUUCUUUUAGUUUUUCUAUGCAAUGCUGAAUCGCUCCUCGAGUUAGUUUGAUUAUUGCUCAAAUUUUAUUUUUUCUUAUUGCAAAUUAUUGGUUGGAAUUUUUCAAAAAAACUCUAGUCUUGCGAAUAUAUGAUUUAUAAUAUGCCGCUUUUAAAUUUGAUGCAAUAUCAGCCGAGAUAAUAUCUGACGUAUUUAAUCACCAUUAUUAAAAAAAUUGGCCAGCACACAUUUUGAUGGAAUUGCAAUUGAAUUAUGAAUGUUCCAAUUAAUAAAUAAUAAAAUAUGAAAUUCAUGUUCACAUAUAUAUAAGGAAAUAACUAACUGCUGGAAUCCUAUUUUUGAAAUUACCUGUGAUCUUAAAAAUUAUAUUUGUGUCCAUUGCGUUCUUCUGAUUUUAAAGCUAGCAAUUCUCACCUUGACACCCUAAAUUUUUUAUUUCAAUCCUUUAUAAUAACAAAAAUUGAUUUUGUGAAUUUGAAGCCAAAAAAUAUAAAUUAUAAUCAUUUCAGUAAAAAUUCUGUUCUGCAAUGCAGUGGGCUUCAUAAUUUAAUUUUACUGUUAACUUGUCAAUGCUCUUAACAUCACUAAAAAUUUUCUGUGCCAGUUUUCCGACUCGUGGAACACAAUAUAUAGGAGGAUAAUCACAAUAUUUUAUUUGUUACAAUGUGCGCCAUUUAUUUUCAACAUCAGUUGUUAUAUUGAUGAAUUAUAAAAUUGAACUAUUAUAAACCCAUUAAUCUGGUGCAAUAUGUAAUCUUCAAUGAAUUAAUGAUCUUCUAUUUCUCUGCGUUUAUUUACUAUUUUUCAAACUAUAAAAUAUCUUACACUAUUAAAAUGUUACAACACUUAAUUCUUUAAAAAUAUGGUUGCUUGAAAAAUUAAUUACUUUAUCUUUUUAAAUUACCCAAAAUUUGCAUUCUGCACUUGCUUUUUAGUUAAUAAAAUACAAUUAAAAUGCUCCGUGUUGCAUAAUAUAUUUAAUACAUGUGUGGACUUUGAAGAUAUUGCAAUUUUAAUAAUAGCUCAUGUGAUUAUAAUGUUUUGUACUUGACUCAAUUUUUGUGGAAAUCUUAAUACAUAUUGCAUUUUGAUUCCAUGCUGGCACAUGUUUGUUGAAUUGAAACUUCUGCUAUAUAUUACUGAAAUUUCCUGUUCAACAUUUUUGAUGUGGAGAAAUUAUAUCAUAAUUAUAAUAUAAAGUAAAACAAAAUAUGAGCACUGAACUCUUGUGAAUGAUUCCCAUAAUGUAAAGUUCAAUUUCAUUGUGGACUGUGGACGCACUGAGAUGACUUAUCCUGUUAAAUUAUAUAAUUCGUGGAAAAUAAAUCAAUAAAUUACUAUGAUUGUUAUGCAAA